CUGGGUGUUAACACCUUCCGUCUGAGCUCACUGCCAGGGUAUGAUCAGAGAAUGGGAGGGUGGCAGUCCGCCUGGGAAAGCGAGGGCUCCAGACCCAGGGGCCCAAGAAAGGAAGCCUGCGGAAGGGAACUCCGUCAAGAAGGGUGGCAGAUCCGCCAGGCAGCACAGCACCAGCACUUGCUUCUCUCGGGAUAAAGAUGCUCCGUGUGGCCAAGACAAGCCCUCCCUGGCUUUCCCGUUGGGGUUAUGGAACCAAUUCUGCCAGGCGGACCCACGUAUUACCUUCGGGAAAUACUCCUCCUUGGAGAAAGAGAUCCUGCGUCUAGGCGGCACUCACACCGCAGCAACGAGAAAGUUCCUGGUUCACAAGCAAGAGGAAGAACAGAAAAUGCUCAGGGAGCUACAGCUGCUGUCUCCAGACUACGCCCAGGCAAUGGAAUGCAACCGACGCUGUCCCAUUCCUUGUCUGGCACGUGGCCCCCCAGAAAAAGUAUGGACAGCACGGGUGGUCGUGUCCCCCGAGGAGUUCACAAUGCCCCAGCGCGAGAAGAUCACCAUCUACAAGCACAUUGAAAGGAUGCAGCUGGCCCGAGCCCUGAGAAAUAAGCAGCUUUUAAGCUACGUUGAAAGGCUCAGGGGCUCCUCCGUCCUCUCCGGAGCGGUCCUGAGCCCAACAGCAAAGGACAAAGCCCGACGAGAGCAGGGCAGCUACGGCAAGGCCAAGCCGGAAGGCGAAGAGGCGGGGCGCAGAAGCCCCAGGAAGCAGGAGAUGCAGGUGAACGUGGUUUUCAAGUCAGAAGAACCCAAGAAAUGUUUUGUGUGCCAGCCAAAGGCUUGCAAAUCAUUCUUCCCCAGAAUGAAAGCAGAAAGAACCAUCGCGGGCCAAACGAAUCGGAACCUUGUGCCCUUAGCGGAGUUCCCCGGAGACCUCAUGCUCAUGAACCAGGAUUUCGUGUCGCGGGGCAUCAACCCCUGUGAUGUGACCCGGACCUGCUCCCUAGAGGAAGAGCGCUUGUGGAAUGGGCACGCUGGCAGGGCUGCUCCUUAUAAUUAAAGUUCUAUUUACCCCCAGGGAA